AUGUACUUAGCAAAUGGAACUAGACCAGAUAUUUCUUUUGCUGUACAUUACUUAGCUAAAAAACAACUAAGUGCUACCGAAGAUGACUGGAAAGACGUAAAAAGAAUGUUGAGAUAUUUAAAAGGUACAGUAAAUUUAAACCUGAAAUAUACAGGUAACUCAAAUGAAUUAGAAGCUUUCUCAGAUGCUAGUUUUAGAGAUAAUGAUGACUCCACGUCAUCAGGAGGAUACAUUAUUAGAUUGUUUGGUGACGUAAUUGCUUGGAGAAGUCACAAACAAAAUUACGUUACAUUGUCAACUUGUCAAGCAGAAUAUUUGGCAAUGAGUGAUGCUUGUCAAGAGAUAAUAUCUCUAGAUAAAGCAAUUAGGUAUGUAAUUGGAAGGACAUUAUUUCCUACUAUUAUUUGGUGUGAUAACAAGUCAGCCGAUGACUGUAUUAAGAAGGAUGGAAGUCAUAAACUUAAGAUGUUCGAUAAUAGCGUAAAUGAAAUUAGAUUAGAAUUACUAGAACGAGAGAAAACAGGUAGUAAAAAACACAUGGCACAAACCCAUGGUGAUUUCAUUAAACAAUGUGUUAAUGAAAAUAGAAUAAGAGUUUGUUGGAUUUCUACAAAAGAAAAUUUGGCUGACAUACUAACUAAGCCAUUACCUGCAGAACCUUUUAGAUACUUAAGAGAUAAAUUAUUAGAUUGA